AUGCCUAUCUGCCAGAGAUGUCAGUCGAGUUACGAUGAGGAUGAUAAUACGGAGGCGUCAUGUCGAUAUCAUCCGAAACAAUUCGUGUGUCGAUGGCAUCCCAAUGAACGGAAGCGAGAUGCAUGGGUCUGGGAUGCUGUAGAUGUGUUUGACUCUGCCUUGCAGGGAACGUUGAUGGAGAUGAUUAUAAGGCAUUGUUCUGGGACUGUUGUGGAUCAGAGAACCCUGACGAGAAAGGAUAUGUACCAGGCAGACACUACUUCUACGGAGAAGGCUAGGUCUAGUGGUAAGUACGCUUGA